CCGCCCCGCUCCGCCAGCCCGGCCGGGCAGCGCCUAGCGUGCUCAGGCAGCUCUGAGUCUGCCGUCCCGCGUCUCUCUCUGUGGCCAUGCAGCUCCUCACCGGCACAUCGGGCACGUUGCAGGCAGCAGCGCUGCUGCUGCUCCUGCUCCUCGUCCCCGGUUCCCGAAAUGAAGAGAUGAACAACUCCAGCAGUACUACACCAUUUAACACAACUUCAGACCAGAAAUUGCAAGGCAAUAUCAGCUCCACUGUUCUAUCAUCCUCACAACCUACAACAUCUACAGUAGGUGUGACCACCAGUGCUACUCAUCUGACCAAUGCCAGUCAGUCCGCCAGCACUGCUGUGCCUGUCACUUUGACAGCUCAGCCCACCCAAAUCAACCAGACUGCAGGACCCACCACAGCUUCAUCUGUCACGUCGCAACCCAAUAUUACAGUGCUGACCACAUCCAAGAUUUCUUUCACUUCUAUAACAGCUACAUCAAAAUCUGAGGCUGUUGUAGGCAAAACCUCUAGAUUUGAUGUGGGGAGUUUUGUAGGUGGCAUCGUGCUGACGCUUGGAGUCCUAGUUAUUCUCUACAUCGGGUGCAAAACCUAUCACUCUAGAAGAGGCAUUCAGUACAGAACCAUUGAUGAACAUGAUGCCAUCAUUUAGAGACUUCAGGGAAGACAGUACUGGAAACUCAUCCUACCUAUCACAGCUGUUGUAAAGUACUUCUUGAAGAGUGCCUUUCAUAGAAAUGAUCCCAGUCUCUGAACCUUUCUUGGGUGUGAUCCUGCAGAAUAUUGAGAAGCUCUUAAAAAUCCUGGGGUUUUUGUGGGUGUUUUUUGUAUUGGCUUUCAUAAGAAGAGGAGGAACUCAGCACCUUGUAGAGACAGUAUUUUGUUUUUCCAGGAUUUGUAACCAAAUGUAAAGAAAAAAAGAUGAGUCAGUAUUUGUAAGGUACACACUCAAGUCUCUGAAAUGGGUAACUACUAGCACAGUGGUUCACACCACUGCAGUUCUAAGAAAGUCUCAUUAUUUCUCACAUACUGCAUAAAUCCCAUGUGUUCCAUAAUGCAUAUAGUAGGUUAAAUAGGAUACCAUUUGAGACCAAGCAUAGGUUUUUGCAAGUAAAUUUUUUUUGGGGGUAGUGUUUUGUACUAAAUAGUAUUAAUUUUGAAGUUUGGUCUAAACUGAAGUUCACACAUUUUGGAUUUUAAACAAUUCAGUUGAUUUUUAUUAGGCUAUAAAGGGAUGUGGUUUGCUAACUGUAUAGAAAGUGAUAAUGGGUACUGUAAACUCCAGUCAUUAGCUCACCAGUGACCUGCAGAAACUUUCUAGCUGCAGGAAUCACGGACAGACUGAAGAUACCCAUCCACUACCCUUUCUUCUAAAUGGGUCCUUAUAAGAAAGCAGACUAGAGAUACUCAGCCACUGCCCUUUCUUCUAAAUGGGUCCUUAUAAGAAAGCAGACUAGAGAUACCCAUCCACUGCCCUUUCCUCUAAAUGGGUCCUUAUAAGAAAGCAGACUAGAGAUACCCAUCCAGUGCUCUUUCCUCUAAAUGGGUCCUUAUAAGAAAGCAGACUAUGUGAUCCAUAGCUUCUUUUUUUCUAGCAUGUAAACCGACAAAAGUAAUUGCACCAUCAUAAAUAUGAUAAAAUACUAAAACUGCUUCUAAAAAUUGGCUUAACUCUUGGUUUCUAUUAUCAUGGAGCUGUAUGUAAUGUUUUCACAGUGUUUGAUAAGCUUUGGAAGUUUUGCAAGAGAAGCAGAACAUUUGUAAGGUGGGGUUUUAGAAGAAUAUGAUCUGCAUUUCUGUUGUACAACUGUUUUCAGAACUUGGCACUGUUGUAUGUAUGUACAGAGCUCCAGUCAGAAGCCCAAUGAAGGCUUUAGAUUAAGACCCAUAUACACUGGACAGUCCCAUAUGAGACAGUUGAUGCUACUUCCUUAUCACUUCUGACUUUACGCUAAGGUAAGCCUGCUGACUUCAGCACAUGGAUUCCAGGCUUACAGUGGUGUAAGGAAAACUAGAGCAAGGAUUAAGAACAUUGGCACUAAAUAGUCGUAAUCAAUAGCCUGAGGCCUCUGCAGGCUCCACUUCAGAUCUCUCCCUGGUGAAGAAGGUAGGUGUGGUGGCACUUGACUGACUUGGUUACUGCUUGUAGUCUAUCACGCAGGGCACAAACAAGAGGUGAUUACAGCUGAGGAAGGUCACAAGAAGGAACUGCACAUCUGUCUGUGGGUGGCAGGGGUACAAAACAUCAGGGGAAAGCAGACUACAGCCCUGGUGCAGGUUAAGGGUUGUUGUUGAGCAGUGACAGGCAAUGUUAAGUGGCAGUAGAGGGUUUUUUUUUUCCCUUUUUCAUAUGGAGUAGUAAAACUGCUGUGUUGCACAGGAGACUUCAAGAAACCAUGGCUAAUGAGUAGGCUUAAGCACCAGCCACACACCUGAAAUGGGCAUAGAAGGGCUGUUUUGUUUUUCACUUGGAUUGAGGUACAGGGGUAAAGAGUAAUUUGAAGUAACCUCUGUGAUUUGUCUUAAUAGCAUUGUUUGGUGGAAAACUUCUGAUUUAACUUGAAGUGUUUGUAAACAAUUCUCCCAUAGAACUGCAAUUCCUUAUUUUCAGAAAUGUAGGCAAUGAAGUGUGACUCAAUUUCUGGGAUUUUCUCACCUCUGUUGUACAGAUGAAUGAAUAAAUCUUUAGAGUUACUA